AUGGACAAGACAGGCGUCUUUGAGACAAGAAAGAUUCAAGCCGAAGCAUCCUUGGAAAAAGGGCUCUCGGGAGCGUGGGUAGUCCAUGGAAAUGGCCUACUCGGCAUGAUCGUGGCUAUCUACGACCAUGAGCCAUAUGCACAUAUGUUGCCGAUGCAGAAAGUCUUCUCGGAUAUUCAAACCACGUUUACGAGCGACGGCCGUCACCCUCACGUGGAUAUUUCCAUUGCCAACGUUCUAGAAGAUGCCCGUAAAUACACAGAGUCGGGCUCCAUUCUUAGCUUCCGCAUCCAGCGAGACUUGGACGAUGAGUGGAGCCAUUAGCGAUGCGCGGGGUCUCUCGAUAAGACCUUUGAGCUUUGUUGUCGACGAUGGGGAAGAGUCUCGCUAUGUGACGACGCCAAGGGCAUAUAAGCUAGGAGUGUGACAAAGCAGUGGUCAAAAUUCUGAAGGGCACCUGCCAUCUUCAAAGACCGGCACUCCCGCUAUUCACCGAGUUUUUCGAGGAAUGCCACCCUUAUAGCGACUGUUGCGACGUUCCGCUAUGGCGAAGAAGG